AACUCAUUCACACUGGAUUGCUUGAUGAUCUGCUUCAACAUGAAGACCCUUCCUGUCAGUUUGCUCCUGGUGCUGUUUACCUGGACCGUGUGUGUGUGGGCUGACAGGGGCAGACAGAAGCGUGCAUGGAUCAUUGACUCUUUCACUAUUGAGGAAGAAAACCCUGGUCCAUUUCCAUACAUAUUAGGCAAGAUUGAACUUGAAAGGUCUUAUUUAGUCAGAUACGAGCUAAAGGGUCAGGGUGUGGAUUUAGAGCCAAAGGGUAUUCUCAAUAUUACUCAAGAAGGAUAUGUUUUAGUAUAUGGAAAGGUUGACUUUGAAGGAUUUAAAGUUCUCAAAUUGACAUUUGAAGCAAAAGACAACUUAAACACUGAUACAAGGCUCGGGGUUCAUAUCCAAAUAUUGGACAUAAAUGAUCACGCUCCAGAAUUUCAGCAGACAGUCUAUCAAGUGACUGUAAAUGAGUCAGAACCUCAAGGUAAAGAAGUACUGAGAGUACUGGCAACUGAUGGAGAUGAUUCAAGUACAAACAAUGGAACAUUUGAUUUAACAAUAAAGUCUUUCACACCAAAACAAGAUAAUGUUGAAUUUUAUAUUCAGCAGCAAAAAGGACAAAAAUAUGGGACAGUUUAUUUUAGAGGGUGUUUGGACUAUGAGAAAGCUCAGACAUAUACAAUCCUGGUUGAAGCAAAGGACAAAGGGGAAAAGAUACAAUUGUCAAGUACAAGUACAGUGAUAAUCAAUAUUUUCGACGAAAACAACAAUCUUCCAGGGUUCUCUGGCAAAACAGGACCUGGGAAGGUCAAGGAGCGGGAAACUGAAGUUGAAGUUCUGCGACUGCAAGUAACAGACAAAGACGAACGUGGUUCAAAAGCCUGGAAAGCCAAAUACACUAUCCAUGGAGAUAAAAGGGAGCAAUUCAAAAUUGAAACAGACCCUAAUACAAACGAGGGGAUUUUAACAGUUGUUAAGCAAAUGGACUAUGAGGAGCAAUCAUACCAAAAUCUAUCCAUUAGUGUGCAGAACGAAAUUCCUUACUUUUCAUGUAAGGUCAAAAAGCAAGUGCCGAAUGCUAUGUGGGAGCUCAACAAAAUACCUCAAAACUCUGGCAUGAGUGUUGAAAACCUCUAUAAUACCAUUCCAGUGACCAUUUAUGUUGAAGAUGUCAACGACCCUCCAGUAUUUACACCCUCUGUUAAACACGUUCACAUAAUGGAGAACAUAGCAGCAGGAACAAGUCUUGCAACCUUCACUGCUAAAGACAUGGAUGGAAGCCAUAUAAACACAUUUAAAUUCGUUAAAGGUGAAGAUAUUGAUGGGUGGAUAACUGUUGAUGCAAAGACUGGACUAGUAUCCACAAAUAAAAUUCUGGACAGAGAGUCGCCAUUUGGGAUAAAUGGCACCUAUAGAGCAACCCUAUAUACUGUGGAUGAUGGUGUCCCACCGCUGACAGGGACUGGAACUCUAUUUAUUCACCUGAAUGAUGAAAAUGAUAACGUACCAAUGCUAGAAGUGAACACAGUCAACAUAUGUCUGGAUAAAGAGCCCACAGUGGCCAACAUUACAGCUGUAGACCUGGACCUUCCUCCAUACAGUUCACCUUUCCACUAUGAGCUUUUAGGAGAUGUUAAGGACAAAUGGAGAGUUGAACCAACCCAUGGCACAACAGUGAGUCUUGUAAAAGAACACAGUGUGUAUUCAGGUCAUCACCUCCUCCAGAUCAAAAUAUUAGACCAGCAGGGAUUGUCCUCCAUCCAAAACCUGUCUGUCACAGUGUGUGACUGCUCUAUCGCUUCCAACUGCCAUGUCAGGAUGGCUCGGAUGGCUCAAAUGGGACGUUCUGCAGCCUGGAUCGUUGGUCUUACAGUUCUGGUCUUCAUUGCAAUGUGCUCAAUGGUCCUUCUGAUCUCCUGCAAGGCAGAUCAAAAAAUUAUUGAAAUGGACGAUGCCAUUGGUAAUCUCAUCAAAUCAAAUAUGGAAACUCCAGGAACAGACUGCAUGGUAAUUUCAUUACACAACCCACAGUAGUGGUCCUUCAGUAAUAUUUGAAUUGGUGCAUUUUAUUCAGUUUUUUUGGCAACACUUUACAACAAGGUUAUAU